AUGCGUUGGGAGGAUCAGUUCGCCAUUUGGAGUCGGAAAGCAUGUGUACUCGUUGAAACGUGCCUGAAGCUGUUUAAUGAGAUACCUACACGUCCUGUGUUCGUGGAUGUGUCAGGCUAUCAGUGGAACAAUUCUGUUGCUUCAAACGAGAUCUCCGUGCAUCGGUGUUGGGCAAGGUGUCCACGAACGAGAAGGGUGAAGAGGUCGGACAGCCGCGGCACCACGGGCACCCCCGAGGAGAAGAGACCGAGGACGGCGUUCAGCGGGGAGCAGCUAGCGAGGCUGAAGAGGGAGUUCGCGGAGAACCGAUACCUCACCGAGAAAAGGAGGCAACAGCUCUCGAGGGACCUAGGAUUGAACGAGGCGCAGAUCAAGAUCUGGUUCCAGAACAAGAGGGCGAAGAUCAAGAAGGCCAGCGGCCAGAAGAAUCCCCUGCAGCUACAGCUGAUGGCCGAGGGCCUCUACAAUCAUUCGACGGUACCCCUGACCAAGGAGGAAGAGAAGCAGGCCGCCGAACUUCAAGCGAAAUGAUGACGAUAAGAUCGGCCCUUCGGCUUAGAUCCGUCAACGAUCCGUGAGACCACGAACGUGGAACGAACGCCGUUUCGAGUCUCCCAUCGGUAGGGAAAAGGAGGAACGAAGUGUCUCGAUAGUCGACCAAGGACGUUCUCCUUGGGAUGACAUUCCGCUCGAUGGUCGCGACGAGGAUACUAACAAUGUCCUGUAAGUGUGCGAAUAUACAGCGUUCCUCCUUUACAUUCCACGAAAAGUCACGGCGAUACACAAUCCAAAGAUCAAACGUUUUUCGUCAUUUCGAAGCAAGUUUCGACGAGUCAUCGUGUUUACUUUUCGUACGGUAGACUGGGGUAUUUAUUUCGUUAAGGAUACUAGUGCCACUGACUACGGUCGGAUCCGGGGGUCAUUCUGGUAUUUUCGAUCGAAAUUUAUGGUUUCUUUGUCAGUUUCUCUUUUAAUACAAGCAGGAUCUGAAUGAAAAUAAAAAUUAGUAGACAAGUACUCCUUUUUACUUAGAUUACCGAGAUACAGCCAGUCUCGUAAAUAUUCGUACUGUCUGUGAUUAUUAAAAAAGUCUGUCUAAAUUAAAUGAUAGGUUCGAUCUUUUCAAAUAAAUGUUUCGUUAUAAAUACAGUGGGUGUAGAAUGUAUUCAUACACCGAUCAAUUUCCCAAAAAACUUUCGUAUGAAAUUGUAGUUUCUUAACUUCUUUUUUUAUAAUCAAUGAUAUUUUACAUAUUCUCGGAAAUCUCUCGGAAAUAGUCCAAACAACAUUUACUAGUUAAUAUAAUUUGUGAAAUUAACAAAAUAAUGCGAAAAGUGGGUAAAAGUAUAGAAGUAAUAAGUAUUUCUACGAUUCUUAUGACGAACCAUUUACAGUAGAAUUUGUAAAAACACAUUAGUUUAUUACUCCGUACGAAUUAGAAAACAUUAAAUUUCCAGUAAAGUAUUGUACUUUUAAAAAAUGGCUCUAAUAGAGAAAUUGAAGAAGAUCCCACUUGGAAUAACUAAUAAUUUAGUUAAUUUAAUCCUUAGAAAAGUUACAAUAAUUAUGAAAUCAAAAGGAAAUCCCACGAAGGAAGUAUUAUAUACUUAUAAAUUAAUGUAAAUUUCGUUUUUUUUUUAAUCAAGUUUUAAAAAUUAAACAGUUGUGUGAAUAAUUAUUGCUUCAAUUUUUCUAUCGAUUAAUUGUUUUUUUCUUGUUAAUUUCGCACCUUACAUAAAUAGCUAUUUUUUGUUGUACUCUAUCUAUUCUAGAGAUUUCCAAGAAUAUAUAGAAUGUCAUUGUUUAUCAAAAAUAAGUUAAUAAAUUACAAUUUUACAUAGAUUUUUUAGAUAUUGAUCAGUGUACGAAUACCUUCUACACCCACUGUAUGUACAUGAAUAAACUUUACACUCAUAUAUAUAUAUGUAUAUAAUGAAAAAUUUAUUUGGAAACAUCGAAACUAUCAGACAAAUUCCUUCAAUAAACGCAGAGGCUACGAAUAUUUAUGGACUGACUGUAUAUUUCGCUGUUUUAGUUGCUCCUUAUUAAAUUUUUGAUCUGAAAUUGCCAGACUGCGUCCUUAAAGUCACUCGACCGCCAAGGCCACUCCCCCAUCGUGACUUUGCGCACGCAGUACCGAGAGGUGGGGAACCAAAUGGUGUAGUGGGGAUGACUUCUACGUGGCCUUGAGCGGCGAAUCGACGUUGUCGCGAUCGUGGACGAACCUCGAACGAAUUCCGACGAUAUUCGUUGUUGUUAGAGCUUCCUGUUCGAUAAUCGAGCCCGACCUGACUCGCGCGCGUCGACGAAUAGCAAGUGGAAAACUCGUGAGUUACCGGAGUCAAGAUUCGCGGCGAAUGAUAGACAUCAUCGUUAUUCCUCAAAAGACUUAGCACGCACGUUCCUAGCAAUUCAUAAUUCGAUAUUUAAACGAAGACGAGGGGAGGGGAAGAGGGAGGGAGGAGGGGGAGGAAGAAGAAAGAACAAUUUCGACGAGCGUAUCGGAACGGGUUGUACAGUGCCAUUUGUACAGUUAUCUCGAUGGACGUCAGGUCGAAAACAGUCAUCGUCAUUCUCUGAACGAACCAGUAUUUAGAGCAGAGAUGAGAGAGUUUUACGAAGAACGUGUGAGGGAGAGGAUGUGAAGCUAGUUUUAUUCCGUUAAUUUAUUGUAAAAAUGUAAGAUAUCGUACAAUUGCGAUGUGCAAUAGAAUUUAUAUAUAUAUAUAUAUAAAGAUAUAUGGAGAGAAGUAAAUAGAAAAGACGUACCUGUGUAUAGGUACGCACGAAAUUGAUAAAACCGUCGUGUAAAUAAAGCGCAACUUAGCGAGAACGUCGUCUCGAUAGACUGUUUAAAAGUAAUUCAGUUAUUUAUUUACCUAUGCUAUGCGGAACGCUCGAUACGAUAUCGAGUACUUAUACCUUGUAAGGAUUAUUUAAAAAAAAAAAAACGAAUUAAAUAUUCCCACUAUCGCGAGCCACGUAUCACGACUUGUUUUAUAUUCGAACCGAUCCUACCCGUUCCUUUGGUCCGCACGAUUCGUUCCCAAACGCACCGACGACGACACCGUCGACAGAUAGAAACCCGAUUAAAUAAUUACGCCGACACUGGGGAACCGAAUCAUCCGGGUAAUUAACGUCCUGUUCGCUGGCGGCGAACACGAUACCAUUUUUCCCUUUUCGGGGACAUCCGUGUAUUUCGAUGUUCGAACCUGGCCAUAUCUUCCCACCAGAGUUUGUAAUUUUAGAUUACCGUUGUACAGUAUUUGUGCCCUUCGAUGUUGUUCUAUAGAAACAUUAUUUUAUGAUAUUAAUUCUAGGAAGGCUAAUCCUGUUUAAAAUUUAUCUCGUAUUCUCCCUUAUUCGCAUCGAAAACAAGCUUACCCCCAGAGUUGCAUCCGUUCAGCUCCAUUCCUCCGUACCCCACUUUGAAAUGAGAAAACGAAAUCGAGUCGCCGACGCGCCUGGUGAAAGCUAGAGGCAAUUAACGCGGCCAACGAAAUCAAUCGAGCCAGAUGUUUAUCGAAACGCAUCGACGACGCGUAACAGGCGCGUGGAAGGCAAGAGAGAAAGACGACCAGGAGACGAUCGGUGUCGGGAUAAAAGGUUCGGGGCGGGUCGAUUCGCAUUCAGCAUUUGGCGCAUGCUUCCACCCCCGACACCGUAUUUCAGGCUCGUGCAAACCCCAUGAAAAGCCCCUCCCGCAGCCGUGAUAUCGAUUGAUUUACAGUCGAAAGGUGGCCAUCGUUGAUAUCAAACGAGCCACGCCUACGUUAUACAGUAAACGCGGUGCGUGUGCUGCGCGGUAAGUGGUGACCGUUAACGCGAUUCCUGCAUGGAUCUGGUUCGUUGAACAAUCGACCUUUUUUAAUAUUUACAUUUUUCGACGCGUUAAGAUCUUGAAAUUAAGUCCUUAACGUUUUGGAGCCGAUAUUUGAGGGCUCGGAAAAGUUCUACCCUGUCCAAGUGCACCACACAGAGGUCAGAGAACUUUGUAACUUGAAACCUUAGGAAAAUUGUUUAAAGAAACAUUGUAUAAAAUGAUAAAUGAAAGAAAAGUAUGUAAUUCCUUGGAGAAGA